CCCCGUGCGGCGGGAACUAUUUCGCGACGUGCGAAGAAGAGAAAUCCGCAGAAGCCGGCGCUGCUCGCCGCAUCUCCUUUCUCAUUUUGUUGGCUCUCGCGCGCUUCCUCGGAGCUCAAUUCUCUCUGCACGAAGGGAGUCUGUCACCGCUUUCGGCUUCACAGGCGGCCCCGAACAACUGCGUCGCGAAAGCACGUCGCCGCUGAAGCAGUGGGUUGUGUCUGUACGUGUGUGCUUGUGCGCGUGCUGCACGCAACUUUCAUCGGGACGAAGACAUCAGCUAGGUACCUGCGUUUUUUUUUUCUUUGAAUACCGAACACUGCCGAAGUUGCCGCCGCAUUGGAAACAAACGCUACCAUUCUUUCCCAAAGUUCACUCUCGGCAACGAGGAUUACAGUGCGCGGUUCUUCUUGAAACGUUUCAUCCGGUCUAGCUGCUGCCAGCUCGUCUUCCCGCGGACACAACGGAUUUUUCGGCGCGAAGAAGCCACUUUUGUCUUUGUACAUUUCCGCUAUCUUCUGAUGAGUGAGCGCGAACCUCUGAAUCCUCUAACAAACUGUGUGGUCUGAGCACCGGUGACCAAAUGACCUACGGCUGGACGCUUCAGAUAUGUUCGCGACCCAGUUCGUGAAAGACACAAAUGGAAUGCCGGCAGAUGAAGGCGCGUAGGUAAAGAAGCUCGUCUAGGCUGCAAUCGAAUAAAAAGGAGGUCUGCGUGGUCAUAUAGAGGAAGGAAAGAGAAAAGCAACACUCUGGUGUCCUCCCGCGCAUAUCGCUGGGUGUCGAUUGGGGACACGUAGGGAAAGGGUGCCUGCGUAACUGCUUCCUCUCUGCUUUCGUGAUGUGCUGACGCGAAGAGCGCAGGAAGAGUGGCUAGAGCGAGAUAUCGGACCCGAAUGGGUCCUGGGGAGGGCGUGGGUACUUUGGUUGUGCCGUGCGCGAUGGGAACGCUGUCUUCAGCGACGCACAGCGUCGCCGCCACCUUCUCUGGAUAUCUGUGCCGCUCGACGACAACAAUGCGUGGACCUACGUCGUCGAACUGGCGUCGGCGCCGUUCGCUACGGAUAACGAGAACCGCCGCAACCGUCGCCCUGACUGUGCUGGUGGUCCUCCUCUCAUGUGCACCAGGUGUGUCGUCGAUUCAUUCGAGAGCUACUUCCAAGCGUCUGAUCGUGCGUGAGGGCCACCAGACGGAGCUGCCAUGUGACCUGCGGGACGCACUCUCCAACGACUCGCUGGCCUUCGUGCACUGGUACCACACGGCGGAGCGGGAGUCGCACGGUUCCGGGGGCGCGGGCUCCUCGCUGGGAUACGGGUUCCGCGCGGCGGCCGCGAGCCGUGAGCCCAUCUACACGGUGGACUUCGGGCCGGACCCGACGCUCAGCAGGGAGGCCGCCGCCAGUGGAGCCGCGGGAGGCACCAUGACUGCCGGCGCAACAGGCACUACGGGGGGACGAGGGAACAACUUGUUACAGGUGAACCGCUCAGCGGGGCAUGGCUGGGUUGGGCGGGCCUACUUUUCCAUCAUCGGCCACCCGGCCAGCCUCAAGGUGAACAGCGUGCGCUUCGAGGACGCCGGCCUAUACACGUGCACAGCCGUGUUCCGCGAUGGCGCCCGUAGAAACUCUACGGUGCGGCUUCACGUCGUCGCGCCCCCCGAGCCUCCGGUAAUACGAGACGGUGAAGGCAACGAACUUCGAGGCACCAUCGGCCCGUUCAACGAAGGCAGCACGCUGGCACUGGUGUGCGUUGUCUAUGGUGGCAAGCCCAAGCCGACGCUCGUGUGGAGCGGUAUGCCGGACGGAAUGAUGGCCGAAGUGCGUCCGUCUUUCGAAGCACAACUCAGCACCUCGACUCUACUCAUCCACUCCCUGAGGAGGGAAGACCUGCGCGCGACUCUGUACUGCACUGCAUCAAACAACAUAUCCUCGCCAGCCGACACUUCCGUCACGCUCGACCUCAACCUGCGUCCCACGUCGGUGAAGAUCAGGCGCGGCGACAUCCCAAUCUCGGCGGGCCUCCCCGCUGAAAUCGUAUGCGAAGUGUGGGGUUCGCGACCACCGCCCGUGGUCACGUGGUGGAAAGGCCUGCGCCAGCUAAACCACACCUUCGUGUACGUGUCAACGGACGGCAACAUGACCACGAGUGUGGUGUCCUUCACUCCCUCGAAUGACGACCACGGCUCCAGUCUCGCUUGCCGAGCCAAGAAUCCGGCCAUGGCAGACAGUGUGGAAGAGGACACGUGGACGAUGGACGUGCAGUACAAGCCUAGGAUCUCGCUCCAGCUGGGCACCAAGCUAAGCCUUGAGAACAUCCAGGAGAACAACGACGUGUACCUGGAGUGCCGCGCGGACGCCAAUCCGCCGGUGGACGAAGUGGCCUGGCAGUUCAACGGCGACGAGUUGCAGGCUUCAGAGAACGUGCUUGUCUCCAAAAACUUCCUCGUCAUCCAGCGAGUGCAGACGCACCACUCGGGCCUCUACUCAUGCAGCGCCGAGAACUCCGAAGGGCGGACGCAGGGGGAAACGCUACAGCUACGCGUUCAGCACGCACCGCUCUGCAAGGCCAACCAGCACGUGGUGUACGCCGCAUCGCGUCACCAAGAGGUCGAGGUGCACUGCGAGGUCGAAGCAGACCCGAGCAAUGUCACCUUCGAGUGGCGCUUCAACAGCACGCUGCAACAGCGGCCCCUCAAGAGCUUCUGGGCUCAGGGGACGCGCAGUGUCGCUCGGUACAUCCCUCACAGUCAUACGGAGUACGGGACGCUGCUGUGUACCGCGUCCAACCGUAUCGGCAAGCAGCGACAGCCAUGCCUCUUCCAUGUCGUCCAGGCAGGACCUCCAGGCCCCGUAGAAAACUGUUCCAUCACGAACCAGACGGAGGGAUCAUUGCACCUCGAAUGCCAGGCAGGCUCGGACGGACACCUUCCUGCGCACUUUGUGCUCUCCGUGCACGACGCACUUACAGCCACAGUGUCGGCCAAUUUCACGGCCGAUAAACCAGAUUUCUGGGUCCACGAUCUUCUUCCUGGUGUGGAAUACUUUCUCGUGGUUUCCGCCGUGAACGAGCGUGGCCGGAGUCCAGAGCUCACAAUCCUGCCGCCGAUAAUGCCCCUCGUGGGAAAGCUUACCAAGUCUGGAAGCGCAGCUAAGAUCUACUCGAGCGCACUUCUCGUGACGGUGAUCGCGGCCGUGGCGCUUCUGUGCCUUCUACCUCUGAUCGUGCUUGGAGCAGUCAAACUGAAAGGGCGACGCUUCUUCAGCAAGAGUCGAGAGGCCAAGAAGGAUGUAACGGACGAAGACGCAUGUCCUUCAACCACAGCUGCCAGUCCUCAGGAAGCCACGCAACUGCAGAUAUCCUCAAUCUACCCCAAGGAAGACAACCAAGUUUGGAUUGUCAAGAAGAGCACCGGCCUAUGAGCCUCAACCACCACAGUCUCCACAGUGACCAAGCCGUUCCCGCUCUCUACAACAGCGUCAGCAUGAUGCCGGAACCAGUGGUCGUUAAUCCCACCGACUUAUUUUGUGUGGGUCGUCGUAUCAGCAAUCAACUAUUGAAGAAUUAAAGUAAGGAAGCAGCGUUCUGUCGAGAAGACGACCAAUGGAAGCACCCUCCAAAUGCUCGACUGGUCGAGUCUUUUACGUGAACAAAGUUUGUUUCUACAAUUUUCUCUCACCUUAAAUGUUUAAAUUUGCAUCUGGUUUCUGGACUACUGUGAUAGCAAACAACAUAAAAAAGUGAUGGUCAGUGGAAUGGCGAACGAAAGCCGUUGUUCUUCGAGAGCAACUGGGCGGUGAUGUGACCUGUGCAGUUUUCUGAACGUAAGCGCGAGCAUUUUCACUUAGAUCUCCUCGACAGCGAACGCUGUUCAGCGGAAAACAAGUGCGAGCAAGUAUAGCGAGUGUCAUGACUAGGAGCAGUCUUCUGUUCUCGAGCCAGUUGGCAGUUAGUAAUUCAGGAUAUGUUAUGUUACAGUGUGUCUAAGUCGCGUGAUUGCGCAUUGUUAAGGCUUCAGAUGUGUGCGUAUCGGAUUUCUUCGGCCGCCAGCAACAAAUACACUCACCUUGUGCAUCUCAGGAGUACCGAGACUUGGACGUGCUGAUUGGUGCAUAAGACAAGCGAAUCGUGUACAUAAGUGAAACUUUACAAAUGGUGGCUGUGAGUGGUGAAAAACUCCCCUUGACUUUCUGCAUGUUCAUAGCUCUCGUGACCUCAGGCUCAACAAGAGAGGAAGACGUGGGAAUUCGUACCGACGGGUGCUGCUAGCUGCAACACGUAUCAGACGCUGCGUCAUAUCGAGAAGAAAUGAGCAAAUGAAGUAGAGAGAAAUUAAAAAAGAAGCAGGUGAACACAAGCAGCAAAAAGGAAAGAUCAAGGACGCCGACAGGAGGGGCUGGAGUUGUCUGGAGUGCGUUCACCAUGGAUCGGUCAGAAAGAAGUGUUAGCACCUUGCGAGUGUCGCGUCGUUGAUCUUGUACUUUUGACGACUAUCCCGGAGAUGUUAUUUUUCUAUGCCCCACGGUCUACCCCACCGACCCUCUUCUAGCCCCGAACCCUAAUCACUCUAUCUCGCCGCUAUCUCUGGUUCUCUGCAUAAUUACCCUGGAACCAUUCGGGCGUCUCCUGUGUACAUAGAGUCACUGCGUUGACACUUCGCGUUAUACAAAGGACAAUGGGGUGGUUAUCCCCAUCACAUUAUUCUUCUUGUUACACCAGUGCCCUUCUUUUUAGAUCGUUUGAAGGGCCCGGCACAAAUUGAAGCUUCGAGAGGCGAGAACACAUCGAUGAGUGCGCGAAAGUUAGGAGCGCGCAUUCGGAAGAAUACACGUUUUCGCGGGCCACACGGGCUGUUCUUUUGUCACCGACGCACCUGUGUAAUCUACACUAAACAUUACCGCGUGAAAUGUGCCAUACGUUCUCUCCCUUAUUUUUGUGCUUGUUCUCUUGUUUUCUGUUGGUCUUUUGUUUUCCCAAAAUG